AGUGUCGUUUUUCCGCUUCCAUAAACAAGACUACUGCCAGGGUUAGCCGCCAGUCCUGUGUGCCUCUGGGCUGAGUCUCCCUCUGAGGGAGACAGACAUACUGACAGAGAAAGUGAGCGAAGUACGAGAGAGGGAGAAAGUUAGAGAACAGGAAAGAGGGGAGCCAGAAAGACAGGAAUACCCAUCAGAAGUUAGAGCGACAGUCAGGAGUUGACAGAAGAAGAGGAGAAGGGAGAAGGGAGAGUAAAAGACGGACUGAUUUGAGAACCAGUCUCUCUUUUUCUUCUCGGAGUCAUGGCAGAGAACAACACAAGUCUCUUUCUGGAAAUACUUCAGUCCUUUGAUGCCGUCCCUCUGAUCAUAGCUUUCUGUGUGUCCAUUGCUGUGGGCCUGGUCUUGGGGGCCUUGGUUUAUGUGAUUUUGACCUGGAUGUCCCGACGCAGAGCAGGCUCUGCAAGCAUCACCCGCCGUCCUCCUCGCCAAUCACGCACGUCUUCCCGCAACCGCCCAGGUUUUAACCGCAACAGCAGCUAUGACCGGCGUAGCAACAACAGUUUGGUCAGUGCUGCUUUCAGCUUCCACCGCCAGACCUCCUCCCCGGACCACCUUGACCCACUGGGGCACAAAUCCAGCUUCAGGGCCUCCACCUUUCACCCUCUCCUCCAAUGCAGCCAAAUCGCAAGGGAGGCAGAGGAGGGGAGCCAGACCACACUGCCUCGUACACCAACUCUGACCACGUCAACUGGAUCAGCUCAAACAGCAGCUCAGCCGGCUGCCACCCCACUCAGACCCGAGUCAUUUUGGGGGAACAAUGGCCUGAGGGGUUUCCACGCUACACAGACCCCUCCUCCAGCCUAUGAGAGCAUUAUUAGAGCAUAUCAGGAAACGUGCACCUGAAAGGAGUAAGAGCACCACUGACUCUUUACUAAAUGAGCCCAGAGUUGUAAAUGGAUUUACAAAUGAUUUCAGACUAAAUAUGUAUUGAUUUAUAUGACCAAGAGACGAACCAACAAGGACAUCAAAGUCUCUGAAAAUACAAAAAGGUCUGUGAGUAUUUUAGUUUGUUAAUAUAUAUUUGGUUUUGACAUAGGAUUACUUCUAUCAUCAAAUACUGGUGUAAAAUAUUCAACAACAGACAGUUCACUCUCAGGUGAGGGACAAUGGUUGCUAAUCAACAAAUAUGAUUCCUCGUAAAAUUUUGCAGUCUGUAUUUAGUGGUGACUGACACUCAUGUAUACCUAAACAGAAUCUUUGUUUGUUUUAGACACGGCAAAAAUCGACAAAUAUAUAAAAUAAAAACAUAGUAGUCACUAGGCAUGUACGAUGCAGGGUAAGACUUCUUCUUUGUCACGGCUAAGCAAAAAAACGAUGAUUUUGUAUGUGUACCCUUAUGUUUUAACUUGUAUUUAAUAAGUUGCAUCAUGGACAUAUCUAUGUAAGACAGCUUUAAACUCUGAUGAUUAAUGUUUUAAUUGCUAUCUCACACAUGUUUAUUGACUUGUGGUUUAUGGGAUUGUGUGGCCUUCAAAGUAAUUAAGUGUGUCUGUGUUUGCAGGAACAGUAUGUAUGAGCUGAAGAGAGAUACAUUGAGGUUGGGCAUUAGUUGUCAUCAUUUUUUGUGUUUCAUAUUUGAAAUGAUUUUACAAAACUUUGCUCAUAAAUUAAAUAAAUAAAUGUUAGAAUCAAAAGUUAUGACAGAUGAGUUUUUCAUUAAAACAACUGUGGUUUGUAGUCUGUUUGUCAACCCUCACAAAGCACUGCCCUUAACUUGCAAAAGGGAAAACAAGAUAUGGAAAUGAUGUCAUAAAAAAUAGCACCAUAAUAGAGUAUUGCAAAUCAAACUAUUUAGUUAUAUAGUUUUAAGUUGCAUUUUAGUUGACUGUGGCAGAUAAAUGUUAUGGAAUCAUGUAAUUCAGUAUCACCAACAUCAACAUGUCUUUCUCUGAACAUUAUAAACUUUGAUAAUCCUAUGUA